GGAACCAUCUUCCCAGCUCCCAAUUUCAAUCCCAUAAUGGAUGCCCAAAUGCUAGGGGGAGCCCUCCAAGGAUUUGGCUGUGACAAAGACAUGCUGAUCAACAUUCUAACUCAGCGCUGUAACGCACAAAGACUGAUGAUUGCUGAGGCAUACCAGAGCAUGUACGGCCGGGACCUGAUUGGUGACCUGAAAGAGAAGCUUUCAGAUCACUUCAAAGAUGUUAUGGUUGGCCUCAUGUACCCACUGCCAUCUUAUGAUGCUCAUGAACUCUGGCACGCUAUGAAGGGGAUGGGCACUGAAGAGAAUUGCCUCAUUGAUAUAUUAGCUUCAAGAACAAAUGGAGAAAUUUUCCAGAUGCGAGAAGCCUACUGUUUUCAAUACAGCAGUAACCUUCAAGAGGACAUUUACUCAGUGACUUCAGGACACUUCAGAGAUACUCUCAUGAACCUGAUCCAGGGAACCAGAGAGGAAGGAUAUGCAGACCCUGCUAUGGCUGCUCAGGAUGCAAUGGUCCUGUGGGAAGCCUGUCAACAGAAGACAGGGGAACACAAAACCAUGCUGCAAAUGAUCCUGUGUAACAAGAGUUAUCAACAGCUGUGGCUGGUUUUCCAGGAAUUUCAAAAUAUUUCUGGGCAAGACAUAGUAGAUGCCAUCAAUGAAUGUUAUGAUGGAUACUUUCAAGAGCUGCUCGUUGCAAUAGUUCUCUGUAUUCGAGACAAACCAGCCUAUUUUGCUUAUAGACUGUACAGUGCAAUCCAUGACUUUGGUUUCCAUAAUAAAACUGUAAUCAGGAUUCUAAUUGCCAGAAGUGAAAUAGACCUGAUGACCAUAAGGAAACGAUACAAAGAGAGAUAUGGAAAAUCCCUAUUUCAUGAUAUCAAAAAUUUUGCUUCGGGGCAUUAUGAGAAAGCUCUGCUUGCCAUCUGUGCUGGGGAUGCUGAAGACUACUAAAGCAAGGAAAGGCGUUGGAGGACUGUGCACUCCUCUGCAUAGACAUGUCAAAAUUUAGAUUUUGUCAUAAAUUUGCAUUGGUAGUAGCCUUGUAACAAAACAACAGAAUCAUAUUUCCUCUUCUAUCUUUAAAAUUAUUCUAAGCCAAAGACAACUCUAUUAAUAAAUUUAUGAGACUGGACUUUCACUUAAUAUCUAAAUCAAUAAUUCAUUAAAUUGUGUUUAAUGGAAUCAU